UUUGGUGCCCAUACCCCCACUGGAAACUGGUCUGUACACCAUCUAGUCCCAAGACACCAGUGUACCUGAAGUGUGAUUUCUCAAAAUGGCAGAAGAGGAAGAAAUUACUUAUGAAGAGGAGGAGGAGGAAGAAUAUGUGGAGGAGGAAACGGAAGAAACUGUAGUUGAGACAAAACAAGAACAACCACCUCCCAAGCCUGCUCCCCCUCCUCCUCCCCCUGCUACUGUCCCUCCCCUCCGUCGGAAAUCUUCUGCAAAUUAUCGAGCUUAUGCCGUUGAGCCACAUGAUAAGAGAAAAUCCAAGAUAACAGCAUCUCGGAAACUACAACUUAAGUCACUGAUGCUCCAGGUGGCAAAGCAGGAAAUGGAAAAGGAGGAACAAGAGAGUGCCCAGGAAAAAGAGCGAUACCUCUCAGAGCACUGCACACCUUUAGAACUAGCUGGCCUUGGCCUCACAGAGCUGCAGGAUAUGUGUCGUCAGCUCCACAGGCAGAUUGACAAGGUUGAUGAAGAGCGCUAUGACAUGGAGGCCCGGGUCAGCAAGAGCAUCAAUGAGAUUGAGGACCUGAACCAGAAGAUCUUUGACCUGCGAGGCAAAUUUAAGCGUCCAGCUCUUCGCCGUGUCCGUCUCUCAGCAGAUGCCAUGAUGCAGGCCCUACUAGGCUCCAAGCACAAGGUCUCCAUGGAUCUGCGGGCCAACCUCAAACAGGUCAAGAAAGAUGACACGGAGAAGGAGAAUCGGGAGGUGGGUGACUGGCGGAAGAACAUUGAUGCUUUGAGCGGCAUGGAGGGGCGCAAGAAGAAAUUUGAGGCCUCCACUGCAGGGCAAGCGUGAAUCCUGAGAUGGAUUCCCUGAAAAUUCUGCUGUGGAAAUCUGCCUGCAUGAAGAUACUCCAUCCUUGAGGAAUACAUUCUCAUCCUCAUGUUGUAUGAAUUUUGGUGUAGGGAGGGAGAAAAGUAGAAAAGUGCACUGUAACAUCUUCCUUCUCCCAGGAACAAGAUUUGCAACUCAGACCAUUUUGCAGAGUGCUUAGAAGAGAAGCAAAUUUAAUUUAACCCCUAGUAUAUAUCCACACUGCACAAUUGUAGCAGUUUGAUACCAUUUUCCAUCCUGUGGAAUCUGGAAUCUGUUCACUGGGAAGGGACUGAGACUUCUCUACAAGAGAGCUCUAGUCCACUCCCCUGAAUUACAUACUUAGGCUCUCUAGUAGAGCAUUUGAAGUCCCUCACUAACUACAGAUCCCAGGGUUUCAUAGGUUUGAGCCAUGACAAUUAAAGUGGUGUCAAACUGUGUUAACUCUGUAGUGUAAAUGUAUCCUCAGUCUACUGUGUACACACUACACACACUUACACAAAAGAGUGAUACUUAGUCACAGUUACAGUUAAAAAGCAAGAUGUAGGAGUGGUCCAGGGUUCUGCAUGUUUAAAAACUGGAAUCAUGCUAUCACAUUACAUCUCAUUACAUUUAGAACGAGACUCUUGGCUGUUUUUGGUGCAACAGACUUAACUCAAAAGGGUGACCACAACUAAGUACUGAAACACUUUAUUUGGAAAAGAUCUUGGAUACAGUCCAAGGAAUUCUUAGAAAAAGAGGAAUUCCACAUCGCUGUUAUACUUCAUUCUAUGGGACUGCUGGUCAUAAGACUGUGAAGUUUACUUUGUGGCACUGCAAACAACAGAUGUGGUGUCCCAUGAUGCACACGCAUUUCUUGUUCUUUCCAGUUUCCCAGGUAGGGAUUUCCCAGCCCCUGUAUUUCUCUAUAAUCUGCUGAUGGCAGAGAAGGAGGGGUGCAUGUCUGAUGAUGGAGGUAUAUUCAUCGGUCUAUCUUAUCUCUAUCUAUCUAUCUAUCUAUCUAUCUAUCUAUCUUAAAACACUAACUUGUCAUAGCAUCUCAUGAUAAGAGAUUCAGUAGUUGGCUCUCCAAUCACAGAAGCAACAGAGAACUGCAGCCUACAAAAUGCAGAAUGAAUAAACACAGGCUAACUGCAGACUGUUGCAGGAAGAAAGAGGGUGUGAUGAAGUCAACAAAUGGGAAAUGAGGGAUGUGGUCCUGUAUAGGGAGAUGUAGUUAUGUGAUGUAGCUACAAUGGUUUCCUGUUGAAAUCCCCACUCAAACUCACCUUUUCUUAGCUGCAACACUCUGAACCUGGCCAUUUCUUGGUUAAAAGGAGCAGCAAGCAAGCUGGACACACAAUAGGCAUACCCAGAAAUUACAAGGUCUCCAGAAAUCUCCAGAGGUUCAACAGGUGAUGUCAUUGCUCUGGGUCCAGCCAUAGGAAUAUAACUGGACACUUGUCUUUUGCUCUUCCCACCACCGCCUACAACAACCAGGAUGAAGGCCAAGACUGGGGACUGCAACUGAGAACAGUGGGUUGUGGGAGAUUUUGGUCAUUGUGUGGCUGGAAUAGUGAGCAGAAAUGAUGUAAGCCUGACUUACGCCAUUAUAAUUCAACAACAGGAUGCCUGACAACUUGAAUUGAUGUUCUUGGGGAGACAUCCAGACUAACAACCAAUGAGUAUAGGCACAGAAUUCAGAGACAUAGCUGUGUUAGUCUGGAGUAUCAGUAUGCAAAGGAAUCCUGUAGCACUUUUGAGAUAUUAAAGGCUGGAGUGUGCCUAUACUAAGAUGGACUUUCCAUAAAGGAAAAAGAAAUGCUCUUUGGGUGACUGUAAUCCAGCAAGAGUUCUUGCCUUCAGAAAUGAAAUGUCUCAUCUGUUUUUUGUGUGUGGAACAGCUAGCAGUCUACAAAGUGUGGGAGUGGAACAGUAUGAGACAAAACCAACCUUAGCUAGUCAGAUAUCUCUUUCAGCAAUCUUGUGUAGAUACAGCCAGGGCCACUGGGGGGGGGGGGGGAGUGUUUCUGAUCCCAGUUACUUGCUGCUCCAGUUCUACUGUUUUUAGAGCUAGUUGCUAUUUCCUGGAGUGCUCCCUGAUAAUGUGGACAUGCUAAGACCGUUUUUAAAAAUAUAUAUAUUUAUUGCUCAGCCACAAAGGCUCUCAGAACGGCUUACAGAUAGCUGACUAGACAAUUCCCUGUCCUCAGGCUUACAAUCUAAAAAGACAUGACACAAAAGGAGAAGGGAAUGGUGGUGGGGAAGGG